CGGAGAUGUCUUGACAAAACACAACAAAUUGUUCAUGGAGGUGACUUUAAUGGUUUUAAGCUAGCUAGUAAUGUUAGAAAGUAGGUAGAAAAGCAGCGAGAACGCUAAUGCAUAUCGAUUUAGUUUAGUCACAGCGUUGUUUAUGAGCAGAAGCAAAGUAAAUAUGUUUUUAAUAGUAAAGGAUAGAGUCAUAUCACGAUCGACACAGUAGUUAAUGAGCUACAUGUAGCAUAUUUCAAGCCAGGAUUGAUAGAACUACUGAUCUGUAAAACUUUUACCAUUAUUAUUAUUAUUUUGUUUACAAAGGUGUACAGGUGUUAAACCCCUCUAGUAACAGGUUUUAACAGCUAGCGCCUAAUUUAAUAAAAGCUUUAUUAUUGUACAGGUUUAGCUGAUCAGAUUAAUCAGACUGGCUGAAACAAUGCAGAGGACAGUGGGUUAAUGAGGAUAAGUUGAAAAGUUAGGUACGGAUAAAGACAUGGAAGCAUACGAGCAAAUUCUUGAACUUGGCAGAGGAGGAGCGGGUGUCGUCUUGCUGAUGAGACACAAAGAAACAAAGAAACUCUAUGCUGUGAAGAAAAUAGAAGUUGACAACUCUCGAAAAAUAAAGUCCAAAGACAACAUACUGCAGGAGGCUGAAAUUCUGAGGAAUCUGAAACACCCCCAUAUUGUGAUGUGGAGCGACACGUUCUGUGAUCCAGCAAAAGGGCACAUCUGCAUUGCUAUGGAUUAUUGUGACGGUGGGACGCUGGAUGAUCAGAUUAAAGGCAGAAAGGCUGAAGAAUAUUUCUCAGAGGCUACAGUCAUGAAAUGGUUUGUGCAGAUCGUUAUGGCGGUCAGUUACAUUCAUUCUGUAAGAAUUCUACAUAGAGAUAUUAAGCCCUCUAAUGUACUUCUAACAAAAAGGGGGAUGAUUAAGUUGGGAGAUUUUGGAAUAUCAAAGAUCAUGAGCCACACACUGGAUAUGGCCUCCACAUGUGUAGGGACACCCAGCUACCUCAGCCCUGAGCUGUGCCAGGAUGUUCCAUACAGCACCAAAUCUGACAUAUGGGCCCUUGGCUGUUUGCUGUAUGAGCUUUGUGCACUUAAACAGGCUUUUAUGGCUAAAAAUCUACUUAGUUUGUUUUAUAAGAUUAUAAAGGGUGAAUACAGCCCGGCACCUGCGAGCUACACAGAUAGACUUCACACUCUGAUUGAUAAGAUGCUGUGCUUAAUUCCUGACAGCAGGCCAAGUGCUAGCUGCAUCCUGGCCAUGUCUUAUGUUCAGGAACAGCUGGAACUGUUUAUUCAGCAUCAGGAGACAGAAUUGACAAAGGUUAAUGCUGAACCUAUACCUGCCGAGAGCGAAGAUGUCACAUUAACCUGGAACAAAACUGUUUGUAUUGAAGUGCCCGAAGCUGAGAAAAUGGAAGAAAAUUGUCAAACACCUGCUAUUGUAGAAGACGAGAUGACACAUGCUGGGACUGAGUCUGAUUAUUCCGAAGACUUUGAUGAAAAUGACAGCAUGUCAUCUAUUGAAGAUGACUCAAAGAAAAAUGCCUCCUCCUCUAGUUUAUUGCACGAGGGAGCUGAAGAAGAGCUGCACGGUCUCCCUGAUGAUGUGGACGCUAACGAGUACCCAGAUGACUUUGAGGAUGAGGAUGAAUUGGCUGAAGUGGUGAGCUGCGCUCGAAAUGCCAUGCAGAUUCUAACAGAUGAAUCUCUUGAGCUAAAGGACAGCGACGGUCCAUCGGUCACUAUGAGAACUCUGAGAGAGAAGUACAUAGAGGAUGUUGGACCUUCACUUUAUGAGGAGAUCAGUGAACAUUUUGUGACCGGCUUGAAACCAGAGGACCUUCAGCCACAGUUCCAGCACAUAGUAGGGAGCGACCAUCUGGAGACCUGCUACCUCAUAUUCAACAUUGACCAAGAGACAACGUGUUGAGCAUGCAGCCUUCUUAAAGACCUUAAAAGA